ACACCUGGAAACAGUUGCAGUACCUUUUUUUUGCAAGCAAAACAGAGAGUUGUAUAGUCUCUCAGUCUGAGAUCGGGACAGGUAUGAGAGGGUUGGAGGCAACCUCACAAACUGUGUUUCCAGGGGAAAAAAGGGAUUUUGAAGUAGCUAGAAGUUCCACCAUUGCAGAAGUGAGAGGUUUAGACAACUUGGCAGAAGUUAAGGCAGUUGCAGAGGCAAGAGAUACAGAAACAGGUUCAAAAACUGCAUGCUUAACAGGGAUGAAAAAUUUGGAAAUGGCUGCGGGGUCUGAAACAAGGACACAAAUACAAGACUGGGGAACAACAGUGAUAUCUGAUGUGGAAGAUCUGAACAAAGCAAAAGUAAGGAGCAGAGAAACAGUGCUAGAACCUGUGCAAACAGUGACAGUGAAAACUUCAGAUACAAAUUCAAAACCUGUAUGCUUGGAGGAGUUGGGAACAACUAUAGAGUAUGAGACUGGAAGUGAACCAAACAAAAUUGAAGCAGAAUCUAGGGCUGUCAAAGUAGUAGAGCAUUCUAAAACUGCUUCAGGUCCUUUGCAGGACCAAGUAGUAGGCAAUUCAAAAGCAGCAUUAGAGUCUUGCCAAAGAGUGGAAGAAACAGUGAUAGAAGUGAGAAACUUGAAAGAAACUUUGCAGUCUGAGAUUUUGACAGAUACGAUAACUCAGGAAUCUGGUACAGUUACAAGGAAGGCAGACAGAGAAAAAAUUGAGUUUUCACCUGUGAUUGAUGUAAAAGGUUUGGAAGAAUCUUCAGGAAUUGAGAAAGGAAUGAAAGCAAAAUAUUUGGAGCCAGCAUCAGAAGCUGGAGAAGUGAGGUUGGAAAGCAUGGAAAAAUCUGCAGCAGCAGAAGUGAAAGGUUCUGAAACAGUCAAAGAACCUGAAGUAUACAUGGACAUCCAAGGUUUGGAAACUUCCCAAAAGUAUGGAAAAGUGGCAGAGAUUAAUGUUUUAGCAGAUGCUUCAGAAGCAUUCAGUAUGACAAAACAACAUAUGGAAUCUGUUCCACAAUAUUUGAGCACUGGAACACAAGAACAUGCACAAACAGUUUUAGAAUCCAAACCUACUGCAGAAUGGAAAAGUACAGAAGAAGCUGCAGAAAUCUGGGGUGCUGCUGAAAUGAAAUCUGAAGCAGUUCCAAGACCAGAGGACACACAAGAUCUGGGGACAAUGCUGGGACAUGAAGUUUCUGCAGAAGUACAGUAUUCAGAAGGGCAGCAGUGUCGACAAAAAGAGGAUGUGCGCGUUUCCAAUCUGGCUCUGGAAUGUGAGAUGGUUGCUGAAAAGAAUGAUUCAGAGCAAGCACUACCAUUGGAGCCUUUCAUAGCACUAAGUGAUAGGGAGAUUGCAACAAAAUCUGGAGUACCUGCAGAAACAAUUUUUAGUUCUUCGCAUGCUGCAAAUGUGAAAGAUUCAACAGGGACUCCUGAGUCUGAAAUAAUCAGGGAUGCAAAACACUUAGAAGGUCCUCCAAGUUGCGUAGCAGAAACGGAAGGUUUGGAAAUGACUCAUAUUUCUGAGACUGUUGUAGAGGUGAAAGUUGCAGAAGCAGUUGAGGAGGCAGAGGCAGACACGAAAGAUUUGGAAGCUGCUCCAGUACCAGGGACUGUUACAGAAGUAGUUCCAGUACUUGUGGAAGAGGCAAGCCAGUUGGAAGCAAUUCCACAAGUAGAGGCUGACAAAGAAGUGGCUGCAGAAGAGGCAUCUGAGACAAGAGAUUCAGAAACAUCGGAUGUGCAACCUGAUGUGGCAGCACGAAUGAGGGAGACUUUAAUGAGACUUGAGAAAGUUAUUGAAAAGAGCAGCCAUAGAAGCAGUGAAAAAAGUAAGCAUGAUUCAAAGAAACAGAAAAGGAGUCGGUCUAAGUCCCAGUCCAGGUCUAGGAAGCGGAAAAAAAAGUCAAGGUCACGUUCUACUUCCAGGCGUUUGACCUCUAAGAGAGCACGAUCUAGGAGCAGAAACUAUUCAGAUUCCAGAAAAAAGCAUUCCAAAUCUAGAUCCCGGUCUGUGGAGAAGAGAGACAGAAGAGUGUCUUCCCGAAGGUCCAGACGCAGACGUUCCAGGUCAUCUGACCGCUACCGGUCUAAGUCCAGAUCAGUGGAAAAGACCAGAAGGUCCAGACGCAGACGUUCCAGGUCAUCUGACCGCUACAGGUCUAAAUCCAGAUCUGUGGAAAAGAGAGAAAGCAGGUUGUCUUCCCGAAGGUCCAGGCGCAGACGUUCCAGGUCUUCUGAUCGUUACAGAUCUAAGUCCAGAUCAGCAGAAAAGAGAGGGAGCAGACUGUCCUCCCGAAGGUCCAGGCGUGGACGUUCCAGAUCUUCUGAUCGCUACAGAUCUAAGUCCAGGUCGGUGGAAAAGACCCGAAGGUCUGGGCGCAGGCGUUCCAGGUCAUCUGAUCGCUACAGGUCUAAGUCCAGGUCAGUGGAAAAGACCCGAAGGUCUGGACGCAGACGUUCCAGAUCAUCUGAUCACUACCGAUCCAAGUCCAGGUCAGUGGAAAAGACCCGAAGGUCUGGACGCAGACGUUCCAGGUCUUCUGACCGUUACAGGUCUAAAUCGCCAUCAGUAGAAAAGAGAGGGAGCAGAUUGUCCUCUUGGAGAUCCCGGCGCAGACGUUCCAGGUCGUCUGACCAUUCUAAGUCUAGAUCCAGGUCAUCAGAAAAGAGAGGGGGCAAAGAAUAUUCAUGGAGGUUCAGACAUAGAGGGUCUGGUUCCUCUGAUCGUUCAAAAUCUAGGUCUAGGUCUGUAGAGAAGAGGGGUCGGAAGGCAUCUCUGCGGAGAUCUAAACGUCGGCGCUCCAAGUCCUCUGACCAUUACAAGUCUAGGUCCAGAUCAGUAGAAAAAAGAGAUCGAAAACAAUCAUCACGGAAAUCAAAACGUCAGCGCUCAAAGUCGUCUGACGGUUAUAAAUCUAGAUCCAAGUCAGUGGAAAAAAAGAAGGAGUCUUCACGAAAAUCUAAGCGUCGUCGCUCAAAGUCCUCUGAACGUUACAAGUCUAGGUCUAGGUCUGUAGAAAAAAAACGCAAAGACUCUUCAAAGAAAUCCAAGCGGAAGCGUUCAAAAUCCUCUGACAGUCUCAAAUCGAGGUCAAAAUCUGUAGAAAAAAGAGCAAGUAAGUUAGCCUCAGCAAAGUGCGGUAAAAAACAUGCGGACUCUUCUGAACAAGAGAAGGUAGAUGGUUCUGAACCUGUCACAAGUGAAAUCAGCUCCUCCAAAUCGUCUAAUGGUCCCAUGUCAGUAGCUUUGUCUCUUGAAGGAAUAAAUGGCCCAGAGCUGCCACCUCCAUCUGGAAGUGGAUUUUCCAAAACUGUUGAGAGUCUUGAGACAAGCUUAUCUGUUGAAAAAAUGGAUGGUCCACAGCCUACAGUGAUACCUGAACUUGAUAGCUCCAAAACUUCAAAUGAUCAAGAACAGUGUUCCAUACCUGUGGAAAAAACACAGGUUUCUGUGACCUCUGAAAAUGGGUCAGCCACUCUUUAUGACUCUGACUUAGGAUCUGUGCCGGCAGAAAAAACUGUACCUCUGGAAUCUUCAUCACUUACUGAACUUACGUUCUCAGCAUCCAGUUCAGUGUCCUCGUCGGUUGAAAAGAGAGAUGCAGAGACAACUUCGGUAACAGAAUUUCAUCUUUCCACAUCCCAUCAAGAUGAGUCAAGAUCUACAUCUUUCAAAGAAACAGAGGGUGCAGAACCUCUUUUGACAAAUGAGAGUGGAUGCUCUGUAUCUGCUGAUGAUUACAAGUCAACUUCCACAUCCUCGGGAAACAUGGAGAUUCAAGGAUUUUCACUGAUGUCUGAAAGUGUACUUUCUGAUGGUUGUGAAUUGAGGCACAUCCCUGCUGAAAAUGCAGAGCCCCAGAAGUUUUUGCAAGUGCCUCAAAGUGGAUCUUCUGAGUUGGCUGACAGCACUGAGUCUUUUGAAACAGCAGAAGUUCAAAAACCUUUUUUAGCUCCUGAAGUAACAAGCUCUGAGUUCCUCGAUGUCCAUGAGUCAGUCUCCUUACCAGUUGCACAGGGCCAGAUGGAGUUGCCUUCUCUGGCUUCUGAUAAUGUAUGCUUCAGGACUCCCGACAGACAUGAAUUGGGAUCCAGCUUUGGUACACAAACAGAGGAGGUCCCAUUGAUAUCUGAAGGUACGCCCUUACAGUCACCUGUUGGAAAAUUAAAUGCUCCCAGUGCUUCCCUGGCAUCUGAGUGUGGUCCUGUUGAGAUCACAGUUGACCACAUUUCAACUUCAUCUUCUGCAAAAAUACAGGAAGUUUUUCAAACUACUGUAGGACAAAGCUGCAAGUCUUCUGAGGCUCAUGAGUCCAGUUCAUCUAUUGAGAAAGAUUUAGAUGGUUCAGCAUCUUCACAAGUACUUGGAGUUGGCUGCUUUGAGAAUUCUGAAAUGCAUGAAUCAGGACAUCUACCCGCUGAAAAAAUAGAGGUUACAGAAUCAGCUUUGUCUACAAGUGGAAUUCCUUUGUGCCACCGUGGCCAUGUGUCAAAAUACAGUUACUUUGAGAAAACGAAAGGUGUAGAUACUGUGGAAUUGGUAAGCACAUCUGCUGAAAAAUGUGAGGCCACAGUGCCUUGUCUGACAUCUGAAGGUGGGCUUUCCAUAUUGCCUGAUAGUCAUGAAUUGAGAGCUACUCAAACUGAAAAUGUAGAAGGGCAGAAGUCAUCCUCUUAUUCUGAACAGAAAUGCAUUACAUCCCCUGAUGAACAUCAAUUGAGAUUCCCCUCCGGCAGAGAAAUAGAGGUGCAGGAGGAACAGCCUCUGGUAGUAGAAAGGAGACAUUCUGUUUCUUCUGAUGAUCAUGAGUUGACGCUCACUACUUUCAAGAAAGUUGAUGUAGGGGAUCCUUCACAGAUGCCUGGAAAUGAAAACACAGUGGGCUUUUCUGGUCCAGAGUUGACAUCAACCUCUGAUAAAGCAGAGAUACAAGAAGUUUAUCUGAUUCCCAAAGAAAGAUGUUCAGUGUCUUCUGAGAACCAGGAGUUGCUGUCACCUGCAUUUGAAAAGACUGAAGUGCAAGAGCCUGCUUUAACAUCUGAAAACGAAUAUGCUGUAUCCUGGAAGUGCCAGGAGUUGAGAACUAGCUCUCCUGAGAAGGUAGAGAUGCAGGAACUUUCUGUAGUACCUGACAGUGAAUGUGCUGUGUACUCUGGAGACCAGGAAUCACAAACUUUGCCUGCUGGAAAAGCAGAGGUACAAAUGCAUUCUUUGAUGUCUGAAAAUGAAUAUGAUGCAUCUCCUGAGAGCCAAGAUAUCACAGCCAUUUCUGCUGAAACUAGACAGGAGCCUUCUGCAAUAUCAGAUAAUGAAUAUGUUGUGGUCCCCAGAGUGCAGAAGUUGUCAUCUCCUCUUGCUGAAAAAACAGAAGCGCAGGAGUGUUCUGUGCUCUCUGAAAAUGAGUAUGACAUAUCUCCUGAAGGUCAUGAUUUGAGAUCCAGUCCUGUUGAAAAAGAGGAAAUACGGGAAUCUUCUGAAACAUCUGAAAGUGAAAGUUCAAUGUCCACUGAUGACCAGGAGCUGCAGUCUACUGCUGUUGGAAAAACAGAGGUGCAGGAGUUGUCUCUGAUGUCUGAAGGUGAAUGUGCCAUGUCUCCUGAAGUUCAAGAGCUGCAGACUAGCCCUGCUGAAAAAGUAGAGAGUGAAGAACCUUCUCUGACAUAUGAGAAUGAGCAUGCUGUGUCCUGUGAAGAAUAUGAAUCAAGAUCAACUCAUGGCGAUAAAACAGAAGAUAUGGAUUCUUCUUUGACAUCUGAACGUGACCAUUACUUGUCUUUCAAGAGCCAGGAGGUAAGAUUCACCACUGUUCAAAAAGUAGAUGUUCAAGAGCUUUCUCCAACAUCUGAAAGUGAGCAUGCAGCAUCUCCUGAUAGUCAGGAGUUGAGAUUCCUCGCUUCUGGACAAGUAGGUGAUCCUGAACCUUUAACAUUAAAUGAUAGAGGCUCCAUGUCCCCAGAUGUAAGUGACUUGAAAUCCACCCCUGUUGAAAAAAUGGAUGAUGCAAUGCCUUUAAUGCCUGAAAGGGGAUGCUCCACAUCCCCUGAUGGCAACAGUGUGAAAUCUGUUCCUGGUGAAGAAACUGGUGAUCUAGAGCCGCCUUUGACAUCUGAAUGUAUACAUUCCACGUCCCCAUAUCAUGAGAGUCAUGAAGUGAAAUCUCCCAUGGAGGAAGAUGGUCUAGAGUCCUCUCUUACUUUUGAACAUAGACGAUCUAUUACCCCUGAGGGACAUGAUGAGAAGUCUGUCAUAGAUGAGGAAAUAGAGGAUCGGGAGCCCUCUUCGACAUCUGAACAUAGGCGCUCCACAUCCCCUGAUGAGCAUGAGUCAAGAUCUAGCAUUGGUGAGGAGGUGGAGUAUUCAGAACAGCCUUUGACAAUGGAGCAUAGAUCCUCCAUUUCUUCUGAUGAACAUGAUUCAAGGUCUACUGCUGGAGAAGAAGUAGAGGAUGUGGAACCCUCCUUGACAGGGAAGCGAAGAGAUUCCACAUCCUCUGAUGAGCAUGAUUCGAGGUCCACCACUGGUGAAGAGGACCAUGAGACCUCCUUGGCUGCUGAACGUAGAGAUUCCGUGUCUUCUGAUGAACAUGACUCAAGGUCUACUGCUGGUGAAGAAGUAGAGGAUUUGGAGCCUUUAGCGGCUGAGCACAGACGUUCUGUGUCUCCUGAUGGACGUGAGUCAAGGUCAACCACUGGUGAAGAAGCAGAGGACCUAGAGCCCUCCUUGACAGCUGAACGUAGACACUCCACAUCUUCAGAUGAACGUGAAUCGAGGUCUACCACUGGUGAAGAUGUGGAGGAUGUAGAACCCUCCUUGACGGCUGAACGAAGAGACUCCACAUCCUCUGAUGAGCAAGAUUCAAGGUCUACCACUGGUGAAGAAGCAGAGGAUAUGGAACUGUCUUUGACAACUGAACACAGACAUUCCACAUCCCCUGAUGGACGUGAAUCAAGGUCUACUACUGGUGAAGAAGGAGAAGAUGUGGAACCCUCCUUGACAGCUGAGCGAAGAGAUUCAACAUCAUCAGAUGACCAUGAGUCAAGGUCUACCACUGGUGAAGAAGUUGAGGAUAUGGAGCCCUCUUUAGCUGCUGAAGAUAAACAUGAGGGGUCACCUUCCAUACCUCUUGAGAAGUCAGAGGGACAGGACUCUUCUUUUAUGACUGAAAGCAGGCGAUCUGAAUCUUCUGAACGUGAGAAAUCUAGAUCUGAAUCUGCUGAAAAGAUGUCUGACAGAGAGUCUUCACAAAGGUCUAGAAGUAGACCCUCAAAAUCUCCUACUCGCCAAAUGAGUCGAUCCCCAUCUGUUGACAAAACAGCAGAUGAAGAAUCUUCACGAAGGUCUAGACACCGACGAUCCAGGUCAACGUCUGUUGAAAAAGCAGCAGACAAAGAGUCUUCACGGAGGUCUAGACAUAGACGCUCGAGGUCCACGUCUGUUGACAAAACAGCAGACAAGGAGUCUUCACGGAGGUCUAGACGUAGACGUUCCAGGUCCACUGCUCGCCAAAGGAGUCAGUCAAAAUCUGUUGACAAAACAGCAGACAAAGAGUCUUCACGGAGAUCUAGAAGCAGGCGCUCCCGGUCUUCUCAGCGCAGAUCCCAGAGAUAUGACGCAGACUCUCGUUCUAGACGGAAUCGCUCCAGAUCAGUAACACGUAGAAGAGCAUCAAGGUCAGAAUCUAAUCGUCGUUCUCGAUCCAGCUCAUUGUCGCGUUCAAGGCACAGAAGAAGAAGUAGGUCAAGGUCAGCAUCAAGAAGGCGGCGUUCUCUAUCAAGAGACAGACGCAGAAGAUCUCAGAGAAAUAGAUCAAGAUCUGCUGAUAGAAGAAGGAGAAGAUCAGAUUCAAGAGAUCGUAGGAUAUCACUGAGAUUGCGGAGCAGGAGUCGGACACCUCUUCGUCAGAGGCGAUCGAGAUCAAGAGGAAGAAGGCGGAGCUCUAGUAGGUCACCAAUUCGACUGCGGCGAUCAAGGUCUUCAGGGAGAAGAAGAGGUUACAGCAGAUCACCUGAUCGUCGUAGGUCCAGAUCAUCAGAAAGAUUUGCAAGCAGGUCACCAAAACGCCUUACAGACUUAGACAAGGCCCAGCUGCUUGAAAUAGCCAAAGCUAAUGCAGCUGCCAUGUGUGCGAAGUCAGGCGUUCCUUUACCACCAAGCCUGAUGCCUAUGUUAUCUCAAAAGAAAGAUGACAAAGCCAGUCAGAAGUCGUCAAGAGAUACACUAAAGGAGCUCACUGAGAAAUGCAAGAAGAUUGCUCAGAGCACAGAUGAUGUGAUAGUGAAUAAACCUCAUGUUUCUGAUGAAGAGGAGGAAGAACGUCCUUUCUAUAAUCACCCUUUUAAGCUCAAUGAACCCAAACCUAUUUUUUUCAAUUUAAGUACUCCCAGCAUAAAACCAGCACCACCACCACAACCAAAAAAUCAGGUCAGCCUGUCAAAGGAAUUUCCUGUUUCAUCUGGGUCUCAGCAUAGGAAAAAAGAAGCGGAUAGUGUGUAUGGAGAAUGGGUUCCAGUUGAAAAAGGCAAAGAAGAUAGCAAGGAUGAUGUUUUCCCCAAACCGUCCAUUGAGGGUGUGGACAUAACUGCAGCUAUGAAUGAUCGAGCGUUGGCUCAGAAAAGACUCAACGAAAACACGUUUGAUUUAGAGGCCAUGUGCAUGCUAAAUCGUGCACAGGAACAGAUUGAUGCCUGGGCUCAAUCAAACUCCAUACCUGGCCAAUUCACAGGAAGUACUGGAGCACAGAUCUUGUCCUCGGAUGAGCUAACCAACAGUGGUCCUCAAGCGUGGAUUAGAAAGGAUCAGUUCUUAAGAGCAGCCCCUGUAACUGGAGGAAUGGGAGCUCAGCUGAUGAGAAAAAUGGGCUGGAGAGAAGGAGAAGGGCUUGGAAAAAACAAAGAAGGCAGCGUCGAGCCUAUUAUGGUUGACUUUAAGACUGAUCGAAAAGGGCUUGUUGCUGUGGGAGAGAAGGCACAAAAGAGAUCUGGACAUUAUGUCGUGAUGAAGGAUCUUUCAGGCAAACAUCCAGUUUCUGCAUUGAUGGAGAUCUGUAACAAAAGAAGAUGGUCACCACCUGAGUUUGUGUUGGUGGAUGAUAGUGGGCCUGAUCAUCGCAAACACUUCAUCUUUAAGGUGAGAGUCAAUGGAAAUGAAUACAGGCCUACUUUUGCCAGCCUUAAUAAGAAGCAUGCUAAAGCCACAGCAGCAACUGCGGCUCUCCAAGCGAUGGGACUUGUACCAAAGGAAAGCAUGGUCAAUACCACCAUGUUUAGGAGUGCCUCACACCGCUAGAUAUUGUUUUUUAUAUUGACAUUAUUUCAGAUAAUUUUACUCUGCACAAAAAUGGUAUUUGCCCUUUCAUGUUGUAAAUACAUUGGCAAUUCCCACGUUGUAAAAACUGUACAGACACCUUCAGGUUUUUCUUUUGUACCAUCAAAAUGUAUUUAAAUCAUACUUAGUUUUUGGUAUGUUUAUAUUGUUUACAUUAGUGAUGUAAUUAUUUCUUAAAUGACUAAAUCAGACGACAGACUCUGGAGGCAUCAGUAAUCUAAACCCUUGUUUUAAAACUCAUGCGAUCUCUCCUCAAUAUGGAAUGUUAACACUUUCAUACUGUUUUGUACUAUGCUGCAGUUUUCCCUGGUCUCGGUAAAGCUACUCUUGCACUUUUGCCUGGUGAAAGCUGGUAAAAGACCACGCAGCUUACCUUAGUCUAGUCGAGGCUGGCGUGUACUGCUGGGCAGAUACCGGGCCAGUACUGUGACCCCUGGGAGAGAGGGAGCUGUGGUAGCAGCCCUGUUGUACAGUGCUAACGCCACCGCUUCUCUUGGAGUUUUGUUUGGGGUUUCACUCGGUGCUGCACCGCAGCUGGCCAUGCAGCUCAUCCUCUAGGACGUACGCGAUGAGGCAAAAGUCUUGCUUUAAAAGGGAUGGCAGAAAGUCCAGCAAUGGAACCAGCGAGACUUUUGAGAUGUAAAAGUGACUCUCCCUGCAUGUUCUGAGAAGGGAGAUGAUGGAGUUGUCUAUUCCAAACAAAUUAACACACUGCCUGAUGUUGAUUGUAUGGAUUUGUGGUUAAUGUGAAUUUUAAAGUCUAACAAAUCUACAACUGGACUGGGGGGAGGGAGGGAAUAGAAUGAUGCUUAAAUUGUUGUACCCAACUUGGUCAAUAAAGCAGCACAAGUUCAUAAUCUUAAUCGCUGGUCAGUAAGCAGUAAUUAAAAUCUAUGCCAAAAGAGCUUUGUGAAGAAACGCACAGUGCAAACGUAUCGCUUAACAAGAGUAGCAGCAGCCAUUAGAGCUGCAGAAUCUGUUCUAGGCAACUUCACUUGCUUUGGACUAUUACCAAAUGAACUCCUUGAGCUUGCAUUUUCUGUAACGGUACUCUGCCCUCAAGGAGACAAUCUGAUCCAGAGUUGUGGCAGUUUGAUAAGGGAAAGGAUAUAGGAAGCUUUUCCUUUUAUUUUUUUUUUCCUCUUAAUUUAAGAAGUAUUAGUUCUUUAGCUAUGUGCACUUUGAAUUGGAAAGGGCAUUGUACACCUUUAGCCAGAUUUGUCUGUGUUUUGAGCAGACUGCCGGGAUUACAGCAGUACUUUGUUACUGUGGUAGUUCAGGUGCUUAUUUCCGAAAAGUCUUUGAGGAUUUUUUUGUAUUACAUCAACUGACCAGAGCUUCAUCGGGAACAGGAACAAAUUACAAUUUGUAUGCAGUAGGACUGUGCUCAGGCCUAAAGUGAACGACCUUUGCAAUGGCAGUAGGAUCUUGGAGGUGGUGAAUUAAUAGUAGCUCUUCCUCCGCAGAGUAAAUUAUUUGUGUGUGCUCUCAGCUGUUACUGAACAAGGUAUCUUCCUUUGCCCUCAGUGGACAAGUACCAGUGUCUCGUUUUGCAUACAGCAGAGAAGCAGUACUGUGUUGUCCACCACACACCCACAAAAUAAACCCCUUCAUUAGUCUAUCAAAGCACUCUAGAAAUGACAACUUCUUUUUUUCUUUUUGUGGACGUAGUUGUCUCUAAUUAAAGUUUUCUCCCUUUGGCUUCUCACCUUCAGUCUCUGUGUAAAAUUGUUUGAAGAUCUCCUUGCCUCAUUUUCUGAACAAGUUGUAAGGUUGAGAAACAAAGCUAAGCAGAUGGUACAGCGAUGGAAAGACGGACUGUGGGAGAACUGGGGAUUGUAUCCAUUUUAGGCAAGUCCAGCUUUCUGAUGUCUGACUCAAAGCUGUUAACUCAGGAUGUGGGAGGCAGCUCCUAUUCAGGCUUCUGUUCAAAUAUCUGCUGAUACAGCUAAAACAUCAGCAGUGUUGCUCGUGCUGUUCCGUCCGUGGUGUCCAUAUAAGCACAGGUUUUGGAUCUGUUCAUUAUCUGGAACAUAAUCUGUUGUACUUUGUUAAUUUUGUUCUUUCGGGGUUUAUAUUCUCCGUGUAUAUUGGAAAGAUAUGUUUUGAGGAACAGAUGAAUUCAGUCCCAUAGAAGACUCCAUUUCAAAAGUAACUGUUCAGGCAAAUUCUGGAUUUCACGCCUUAAAAGACGUGGUACUGUAUGUAGAUCUAACCUUUGAUUUUCAAUACUUACAAUAUUAAUAUCUGUAAUACUUCAAUUAUGACACUUCUUGACUUCGGGGUUUCUGUUUUAGUUUCAUUCCUGUUGUUUAGAAUGAUAAAUGAAUUUAGUGUGGAGAUGUCCUUCUGUUCAGUUUGUAAAUUUGGUUGGAGUGUCCUUUGCAUGCAGGAAUAGACAAGUAGUCCUAUUAAAAAGAGUAACUAGGAAA